AUGGACUUCUUAAUCCCGAAAUCCUUACCACCUAUCGCUACAUAUCGAGUCAUGAAUGUGGAAGGAAGAGUGCAAGAUGAGGCUCGUGCAGACCCUGAUGUGACAGACGAGCAGGUUCUCGAGUGGUACAAAAACAUGUUGACGGUCAACAUCUUGGAUACUAUUAUGUCCGAAGCCCAAAGACAGGGUCGUCUGAGUUUCUACAUGGGCUCAUCCGGCGAAGAAGGUAUCAUGGUUGGAUCGGCAGCAGCAUUAGGCCCAGACGAUGUGAUUACGUGCCAAUAUCGAGAGACGGGAGUGUUCAAGCAACGAGGAUACACACUUAAGGACUUUAUGAGUCAAUUGAUGCAUAACAAGAACGAUCCUGGAAAAGGGCGAAAUAUGCCCUGCCACUAUAGUGGGAGGCUGAAAACCGGAGUGCAUGCUGUUGCAUCGACACUCGGAACCCAGAUCCCCCACGCCACGGGAGCUGCAUAUGCCUUGAAGCUUGCAGAUCGAGAGACAGGAAACAAGUCACCAAGAGUUGCCGCUGCAUAUUUCGGAGACGGCGCAGCAAGCGAGGGAGAUUUCCACGGCGCUCUCAAUCUGGCGGCCGUUCGCGACUGCCCAGUUAUUUUCAUUUGUCGCAACAACGGAUUCGCAAUCUCCACGCCGACAACGGAACAGUAUCGCGGCGACGGCAUCGCAAGCCGCGGCAUCGGUUACGGCAUUGAAACGUUACGAGUGGACGGAACGGAUAUCUUUGCCGUCUAUGAAGCGACAAAAGAAGCACGGCGCCGCGCUCUGGAGAAUGGUGGACGUCCCAUUCUUCUAGAAAUGAUGAGUUACCGCAUCUCCCACCACAGCACCAGCGACGACAGUUUCGCCUACCGAACACAGGAUGAAAUGAACACAUGGAAGACUCGGGAUAACCCGAUUUCUCGGCUCAAGAAAUGGCUGGAGAACAAGGGUCUCUGGAAUGAUGAGAUGGACAAGGAGACCAGAAAUCAAAUACGAAAGGAUAUUUUGACUGAAUUGAAGGCUGCUGAGAGAGAGAAGAAGCCCCCUCUGAGCUCGGUCUUUGACGACGUGUAUGGAGAAUAUUCGGAGGAGCAAGAAGCGCAGAGAAAGGAACUCAAACGGCUGAUGCUGAAAUACCCAGAGGAAUACGACGUAGAGGAAUAUGAGGGUGGUAUUAAUGCGCUGUAA